AAAGGUCAAUCAAAUCAUAAACAAAACCUUCAACGUUCAUACGAUGUAAAUAUUUAUGAACAAAAGAAAAAAAGAAUCAAUUAGAAGUGAAAAAUCGAUAAUCUCCCGGGCGCGAAUUGCGAAAAUGUCCUCGGACAGUGUUAGCGUUUUAAUUGGCGAACUGGUGCAGACAUUGGCUCGCGAAACGGUUGGUCGGCCAUCCGAUUCGGUGUUGAAACGAUGCAAAUCGGAAGCAUUUGGUAUUCUGCUCGGUAAACGGCUGACCACCAUCGACAAUGGGGACAGUGCGCUGGAACGGAAGCUCAUCGCGGAGGAGCCGGAGCAGAUGUUACGCUGCCAUUUGUUCCAUAUGCAGUUAAGGACGCAGUACCAGUUCCAAAAGCGCCGUUGCGAGCGGUUCCAACAGCUGCUGGAGGAUUUAGAGCCCGGGAGGAGUGGGGAAGCACUGCUCGAAAAGAAGGAGGUAUUACAGUUUUUGUUGAUGCUGAGAGAUUCGGUUCCGGAUGGGUGGGACAAAGGAGAAGAGAGUGGCACUCUUCCAGGCGACAUGAUGCCAUCAUUGCAUAUUGGUCCUUAUCCGAUCUUCCAAACGAGAGAUAUCUAUGCGGAUACAAUGAGCAUUGAUGCACAUAGAAAUAAGAAGUCUUCCAAUCCGUACUGCUUGAAAGAGAGUAGAAUGGUUUUUACGGACAACAUAUCGAGCUUACUUGAGAAGACGGAAAAUGCUUCCAAGAAAGAGCAAAAGUUGCCUCAAAUAGAAACGAGUUAUUUUAGCGAUCCUAUGGCGGAAUUGGAUAGCUAUCAAGGCCCCUUCCGGUACAAUAUGAUGAAAGGGGUGGAGAUCGAAGAUGAUGAGCAGCUUCUAACUAGCUUUGAGAUCAUCCCAGCUGCAGAAAACAGUAACGAAUCAAAAACUGUGGUAGCAGUAAGCGAGCCCCCGAGGGAACAGAUUUUCAAUUUCAAUUGGGAAAAUCUGGGAAAUCGAUUUGUCCCAGUUGAACGUCCGUUUGCAUCGGAGUGCAACUCGGUAUUGCAUUUGAAAUCUCUGAAGGCGACGCGUUUCCAGAAGUCGGUUGACAUCCGUAUAGUUCGAAUAGAUGAUUUUCUGCAUGAUGUGAAAUUUCUAAUUACCGGAUUCAGCUCUCGGUGCUUCGAGUAUGAUGGCAAUAAUCUGUUCCGGAUGAAAGGAAAUUUUACUGUUGAUGGUAUUUCACCGCUGACAAUCAAUGCAGUGGUGGAUCAGUUUAUUGAACUGGGAACUUGCUUCCGUCGGUUGCACAAAAUGACCAAAAAGAAUCCUUACAACUAUGCGAUGAUACUUGAAGGAUUCGUGUUCAAGGCGUUCAGCGACUGCGUGGAACGCAUUCUGAGUUGCUUCCGUGUCCUGGUCACGGCUUACGAAGGGAAGUCUUUGCUCCAGUUACAGCGUAAAACGGAUCCCAUGAGGAUGCAAAUUCUAGCGCUGGCCAAAUUUUGCGGGAUUCAUCCUAAUUACGAAAGCGACAAGGACUUUCCCAUGGGGUCGGUUUUCUUGGACCACUUGUACAAAGAAAUCAUCUACAUCACGAGCUCGGACGUGUCGGCUUUUCUGUUGCACAUCUUAAAGCACUGCUGUAAUGCAUAUUUUCUGCUGUUUCAACAGUGGCUGUUUGGUGGCCAACUGAGGGAUCCCAGCGGAGAGUUGUUCAUCUACUUUGUGGAUCAUUAUAGGCCGAAGACAAAGCAUUUUUUCGACAAAGCGUUUUUGAUCCGGAGACAAGCGGUGCCGGGCUUUCUGAAGGGUUUCGAAGAAGAUAUAUUGCUCUGUGGGAAAUACACCAUGCUGCUGAAGGCGUUCAAAAAGUCGCAUCCCAUCUUCUCGCUGAAAAUCCCCAAACUGGAGGUGUGUCUCUCCUACCCGGCGGUUGAUCGCCUGAAAGCCCGAUGGCUUCAGUACGUGAACAAAGCACGCGAUGCAUGCGGCCCUUCGCUAUCGGUACGGGAGCUGUACGAGCAGAAGGAACGCGAACGGGAGGAGUUCCUGCGACAGGUGGAAGCUAAUUUCCGGCGCAGCAUGGAGCAGUGGCGCCAGCAUCAGGAUGCCGAAGCGCUCGAGCUGCGCAAGAAGAAGGCACGCCAAAUGGAGGAACUGUUGGACCAAUUGAACGAGAUUAGGGAGAGCAAGUUGGCAGCUAAGAAGCAGCAAGUGGAGCUAGAUCUUCAGUAUCAGCAGGAGGGGUUGGUGUUUGAAAACAGAAGGUUGAUGGCGGAGAACCUACAACGGGAGAAGGCUGUGGAAGGGUACAAGGAGUUGAAUCGGAUGAUGGAUGAUAAGGUGGAGAAGGCAGAACGGGAGGUGGAAAGGUUGAAGGUGCAGCUUGCGGCAUCCGGCGGGGACAGCAGCGAUUUUGAGUCGUGUGUUGGAAGCGUUACGGAGGAAGAUGCGGGAUCGGUUUACGAGGAUGCUCAAAAGAGUCCAUUCAGCGAUAAAAGUGAAGAUCGAACAGUGCUGGAAAACUUGAAAGAAAUCACGGAGAGCGAUGUGUUGAAUAGUAACGAUGUUAUCAGUGAAAGUGAGCAAAAUAAGAGGCGGGUUUUAGGGUCAAAUUUGGGAGAUUACUUGGCGGAGGACCAUGCAAAUGCAAAUGUGGAGGCAAUUAAGCAAACGGCGGUGGUUGGAAUGCGACAAAUGACAGAGGCACAAAGAAACAAAAUGAAGAUUAUGACGGAGGAGUUUGGUGUUCGGGAGGUAGGAACAAUUGGAACGGAUCUUAAUAGCAAUACAAUGGAGGAACGGCACCGAAACCGUCAGCGAAUUUUGAUAAGCGAUUACACAAGUCGGAAAGACGAUGAACACACGGUCAAGGCAUCCACUGAGCUGACUGAGUUGCAGAAGAAUCGAAUCAAAAUCAUGAGCCAAGAGUACAAUGUGGUGUUAGAUGAUCACGAUCGUGGAUCGCAGAAGCACAAGAAGCCGGAGAUGUAUUUGAAUUUGGAGACAGAUCGUUCAAAAAAUCGCCGUAAGAUAUUGGAAUGCGAAUACGACAUACUAACUGGGGCACAGAACUUCGUCGAUACACCGAUGUCUGUGGAUAGUGAUACGGUCAGCGAGGAUAUCCAGGUGCCAGUGAUCGUGAUCGAUGAUGUUCCGCAGGACGUGAACGCCAAUCCGAUUGUCGAAAUGGAUGGGAAGCUGAAGCUGGAUACGGCAGCAGCGCAAGAGAAGUUCAACGAGAGGCGUUUCGGUGUUCCGGAUACGGCAGUAUUGGCACAGCAAACUCCGGAAAGUGGUUUGAUCUCUGCUGGGUUGCAAGUUAGACAGAGCUUCGAAUUUCCGAUGGUGCGGGAGAGCUGCUCCGAGUCGGAGAUAAGAUCAGAAACUAGUUACGAAGACGAUGAAAUCUAUCGGGAGUUCAUUGAGGCGAUGGAGAAACGGAACUUGAACCUGUGCGAACUGCCGAACGUGACGAGUGAUCUUGGUAAUGUGUCGGAACUUAAAGAAAUUGGUAGUGAACUGAGAAGUCUUGAUGUUCUGACAGUGACUAGAUUCUUGCAAAGUUCUUUGGUAAUACCGCUGAAGGCACACAUGGAGAUUGUAAACAGUGAGAUCCUGAAAAUGUACUUGAAUGAUCUGGAUAUUUUAGGACACUUCGAAAGCCUGAGAAACUAUUUCUUGCUGAUGGAUGGGGAGUUCUCCUGCUAUGUUUGCGACAACAUAUUCAUGAUGCUGGAGGAAGUGAGGAGCCCGGAUGAGCUGUUGAAUUAUCAAACUCUUCACACGAUCUUGGACUCGGCAUUGUGCUCUAGUGCCGCUGGAGCUGAUACGAAUGCCGACAGACUGUCAUUUAGUGUGGAAUUAAUUCCGGAACGGUUUGAUUUAUACCAUCCGAAUGUGGUCAGCAUGUUGAAUCUAAGCUAUCGUGUAGAAUGGCCAUUGAACUUGAUUCUGAAUCCGGAGACUAUCGAACAGUAUACGAAUAUCUUCAAGUACCUGGUCAAGGUUCGGAGGGUUAGUUUCGUCCUGGGGAAGUCAUUCCAACUCCUAAAGGAAACCCACAAACAGUUUGGAAAACAGAUGUUGCUAUCGCCGCAAUACAGCCGAGUACAGUUAAUCUCGCACAAGUUGUCACAUCUUGUCAACGCAUUGAAGAAUUAUAUCACCAGUAGUGCCCUGCUGGCAUCGUGGGAAAACUUUCGUAAAGAUUUGGAAUCGGCCGAAUCGAUGGAAGAUCUCUAUCGAAAGCACACCAGUUACAUCAAACGAAUUUUGUUUCUAUGUUUGCUGAACAAAAAAAGCGUAGAGUUCUACAACAACGUAGAGGAGAUCUUCAAGGUCGUUUUGCGGUUCUACAAGCAUCUCAAAUCGAAACCAUGGAAGCCACAGGACAGAUCGAAUCCCAGUUCGCCUUACGUCCACCCAAAGUAUGCCCAGAUCCUGGACGACGAAAGUGACUUUGAAAAAUUGAUCAAAUACACAAUCUACUUGGGGAACAAGAUGUACGAUCAUGGUUAUCAGAAGGAGAUCUACGAGUUCAUCAGCGUAAUCAACAUCAACGGAUAUUAUGGACCGUUCGACGGACAGUAAUUGUAAGGUCUGCAUGCGUGUGGAGAUGUGUGUAACACACACACAAAGUUCCUUAGCUAAUACUGAUAGGUAAGCUAAACUCUAAUAUUCAAUGAUCUUUAAGUGUCUACUCGAAUCGAGUGCUUCUGAUAAAAUAAGCAUGUGCCUAUAGCUAAUUGAAUCCACCUAUGUAUAUAAAGAAUACAAUUGUUUUUACAAGUUGUA